GUACAUAUAUAUUUAUAAUCUUUAAGCAGAGCAAGCAAUCAAUAAUUGCCACAAAGCAAAUGCGCAUAAUUGGCAACGAGACGGCAAGUAAUCAAAUCGCAGCUUAAAUUAUAGAACAUGCAAAUUAUGACUUAUAGAGGCGUACCGCCCAACAGCAGAUAACAGUGUUCACGUUCGCCUAAAAAAGUCACAGCCAAGCGACAAAAACAAAGGCGCGCGUUUGUUGUUGUUGUUAUUGCGAUUGUGAACCGAGGGCGACAUUCCCGUUUUGUUGCGAUUUGUCGCGCGCGCUACCCCGCCCUAAAUUACAGACAUUCACACUAGUGCCUUUGAAGCGUCGUCAUGAACAACGAUCAAACUCAACCAAAUGGAAGUCCUACAGAGGCGCCACUGCUGCAGCUCGAUGAUGAGGUGGAUCUCAUUGGCGACUUUGUGAAAGAGCAAGCGACGAGUACGCAUCAGCUGGCACCUUUUCUAAAUGGGCUCGAGAGUAGUAAUCAGUUGACAACCCAAGCUGAGAUUAAUACGAUUGGGAGUCAUGGCAGACCUGUGAAUGGCAAGCGCCGGACAAGGCGAAAGGUGAAACGAGACAGAGCGCAGAAUCUUUUAUCUGUGGAUGAUAAGGCUGAUAAUAGUGACAGCGAUUCGGACGCUUCUGAUGAUGUGGCUGCUAUUGUUGCGCAUGCCGAUGGAGCUGGCGGCGAUAAUUACCAGCAUGUCGAUUUGCCUGCAACUUCGAAAAGGCAACCGCAACAGAGAGUUAAGCAGCUGCUCAAUCUGAACGAUGACGACGAUGCUGAUGGCGAAGACGAAGAAGACGUUUUGCUUCAAGCAAACCCGGCAGCCCUGCGAAAUGGCAAUGGUAAUUGCGAGCAAUCAGCCGACAGCAGCGAAGGUGUUAGCAGUAGAUCGAGUAUAGCCACACCACAACCAUUGCCAGUGAUUAGUCAUAUUGCAACACCAACGAGAAGCGCAACAACAGCAGCAGCAACGGCUAAAACCGCAUCACCGCUCAAAACUAUAACACGUUUGCCACACGAAGAGGCCGACGACAUUUGCCUUGUGCCAGAAAUCGAUUUCGAUGGCAUGUCCACGGACGCAGGAAGUGAUAAUCGAGAAUCGCAGCCACUGCUUGGCGGUAGCCACACUAGUCGUAUCACGGAUCUACUAGGUGCACUUGGACGCGGACAUGAUCAUCUGGAUCUAGUCUCGAACACAUUUGGCGAUGAUCCGCUCUUCUCGGAGAUUGUAGCUCAGGCGGAAUACGCUAUAGAGCAGGGUGUUUUACCUGAGCGCAUCUAUCAGGGCAGCAGUGGUUCUUAUUUCGUUAAAGAUAGCACCAACCAGCAACGCUGCUUGGCCGUAUUCAAGCCCAAAGAUGAGGAGCCCUAUGGCAGAUUGAAUCCCAAGUGGACCAAAUGGAUGCACAAACUAUGUUGCCCCUGUUGCUUCGGGCGAGCUUGCCUUAUACCAAAUCAGGGUUACUUGUCCGAAGCCGGAGCCAGCUUAGUUGAUCGCAAGCUCAAUCUGAAUGUGGUACCGAAGACACGUGUGGUGCGUCUGGUCGCCGAGAGUUUCAACUAUGCGCGCAUUGAUCGCCAGAAAGCAAAGCUUAAGAAGCGAAUCAAGGAACAUUAUCCAUCAGCGCAUUUUAAUCGCAUGAGCCUGCCCCUUAAGACGGGUUCGUUUCAAUUAUUUGUGGAAGGCUUCAAAGAUGCUGAUUACUGGCUGCGUCGCUUUGAGGGAGAACAACUGUCGCCCACUUUAGCCAAGUCAUUUCAGUUACAGUUCGAGCGCCUGGUGGUAUUAGACUAUAUCAUACGCAACACGGAUCGUGGCAAUGAUAAUUGGCUAAUUAAAUAUGUGGCACCUAAGCUGGUAGGCGAGGUUGGUGGAUCUGGUGGUCGAAGUCUAUCCCAUAAAUCGCAAUUGGGGCAUCCAAUCAUUGAUCUAAACGAUCUGUCAGCAGUGCCACAGACUGAUGGAAAGGAACGUGUCAGUGGUGGUCAACCGGCGCCCACUUCGAUGGCGAUUGGCGAUGCGGCUUCAGCCAUUCUCAGCAGCUAUCCCAGUAGCGAUGAAGAAGUGGCAGGCCCCUCAAAGAAGAAAUCACAAACUACUGUGGAGCCGACAUGGAAUUUGGUGGAGGCACCACAAAUUAGAAUAGCUGCCAUCGAUAAUGGCUUGGCGUUUCCGUUUAAGCAUCCCGAUUCGUGGCGCGCAUAUCCUUAUCACUGGGCCUGGUUGCCACAGGCAAAGAUUCCAUUCAGCGACGACAUCAAAGACCAGGUGCUCCCACAGCUAUCGGACAUGAAUUUUGUGGAGGAAAUCUGUACGGAGCUUUUGUACUUGUUUCAACAGGAUCGUGGAUUUGAUAAACGUCUUUUUGAAAGGCAAAUGUCUGUGAUGCGUGGACAGAUUUUGAAUCUAACUCAAGCUCUGCGUGACGGCAAAUCGCCCGUGCAAUUGGUUCAAAUGCCUGCAGUUGUAGUUGAACGCUCCAGUGGCAGUCGCUUCUUUUCAUUCACUCAGCGCUUCCAAAACAAGAGUCCAUUCUUUUCUUGGUGUUAAUGCUCGAAUGGUUCAAAACUCUUGUAUUACCCACCAAUUGUGGUUUGGCUCCCAAGUCAUUUGUCGCCUGCAUAUGCGCUUUGUUAUUGUCUAUUAAAUAUUACCAAAAGUUUA